AUGCGUCGAAUCACAAGAGAAACAGGCUAUGGGUUGAAUGACCACGAGCUGAACGAACUAAGCACUACCUCUGAGAACCACGAUGCAGGCGUCAGCCACGCAUUCCCAGAGGGCGGACGUGAAGCAUGGACUUCUCUCCUAGGUUCAAGCCUGAUCAUGUUCCCAUCAUUCGGGUUCCAAAUCGGCAUCGGAACAAUUCAAGACUACAUCAGCACUCACCAACUCUCGGACUACAGCGUAGGAGAGAUAGGCUGGAUUACGGCAAUCCUUUGCUUCCUAACACUAUUCCUAGGAGUGCAAGUCGGUCCAUUAUUCGACCGCCACGGUCCUCGACUGCUCCUAAUGACUGGCUCCCUCGCCAGCGUAACAUCCUACCUGCUCCUCGCCCAAUGCACAAAAUACUGGCAUUUCAUCCUCUGUCUCAGUAUUCUAGGCGGGAUCUCCUCCGCCGUCGUGACGACCGUUGCGAUCUCUGUGCUAAGUCACUGGUUCUACCGUCGUCGGGCACUGGCCUCGGGUCUCUGUAUGUCCGGAUCGUCAGCCGGAGGUGCCAUCCUCCCUCUCGCCCUCCGUAGUCUAUUUGCGAAAUACGGAUGGACAUGGUCGAUUCGGAUCAUUGCUUUCAUUGCGCUCGGAUGCUAUCUUUUGGGAAUCACCUUGGUCAAGGGUAGACUGCCUGGUGGGAACACGAGUAAAGCGACGAUCGACUUUCGGGCAUUUAGGUCGCCGAAAUUGUGCUUUCUGGCUGUUGCUGUGUUUGCCUUUGAGUUCAUUAUCUUUGGCUGUGCAGCGCUUUUACCGACCUAUGUUCGGUAUACUGGGUUGAAUGAGGAUGUGCAGUUUUAUUCGCUCACGGUGUUGAAUUCUAUGACUCUCCUGGGCAGAGUGUUGCCUGGUGUCGCUGCCGAUCAGGUUGGUCGGUUCAACAUUCUCUUGUUCACGAGUGUCAUCACCCUCGUGAUUAUGGCCGCGGUGUGGAUUCCGUUUGGGUCUCGUGAUGAGGCGACACUUUAUGCUGUUGUGGCGGUGUUCGGGUUUGGAUCUGGAGGUUGGGUUUCUCUUGCUCCAGUUUGUGCGGGUCAGUUAUGUCGGACGGAGGAUUAUGGUCGGUUCUAUGGAACGAUUUACUGUGUUGCGUCGUUUGGAGUCUUGUUGACUGUGCCAGUCGGCGGUCAGCUUCUGCAGUCAACGACCCCUCAAGCGCUAGUGGGCUUUUACACGGCAGUUCUCCUCAUUGGACUGGUGAGCGUUGCCAUGUCGCGGUGGGCUUUGCUAGAUUGGAAGUGGAAGUGGAAGGUGAAGGUGUGA